AUGGAGCAAAACUGGAGCCCUGGAGGUUCCCAAUCUGGUGAUCGGUACUUAGCGCUUCAAGCAACAGAUUUCACUGUCAGGGCAAAUGCCACUGGAAAGAACGGAUAAGCUUGGGAUCCCAAUCCCACCCGUGUUGGAGAAGCAAGGAAACCAAGUCCUGUGAGAAGCAGCUGAAAGAGCAGGACAGUUUAGCCAGGUGAAGACAAAAUGAAGAGGAGGCGCCACAGCACCCUUCAAAUAUUUGAAAGGGUCGUCACACAGAAGAUGGGGCAGACUUGAUGGCUCUCCCUUUGUGGAAUGUGUUAUGUACUGAAGUUCUCACCCUGGGCCAGCAGGGGGAUACUGUAGAUAGUUAUGCAAAUGAAGGAUCGAAAAGUGACAUUCAGUGAUUGGAUAGUUUUGUAUGCAAAUGAAGGAUCGAAAAGUGACGUUCAGUGAUUGGAUAGUUUUAGAAAAUGGCAACAGUUACAUUGUUCUGGAGCUCUAUAUAAGCAGGCUGACUGAGCUCCUCAGCUUAGUUCUGUUCCAGCUUACAAAAUAAAGAGCUGCUUUGGAGAAAUCGCUGUGUCGUCUGCUAUGUCAACCCACAACUUAACAGAAUGCUCUCCCCAGAGAAGCUCGUCUGGUGCCAUUGAUACAUAUCUUCAGGCACCAGACAAAAAUAUUCCUUUUUAACCAGGCCUUUGGCUUUUAACUAUCUAUGGCCUAUGGGUGGAAUGUUUCAACAUAUCCUCCCCAAUUUUAAUCUAUGCAUUAUUAUUUUGGGGCAAGCCAUUUUCUAAGUAGCUUUGAGCUGCCAUACCAGAAAAAACGACUAAGAAAUUAAUAAGUGGUCCAAAGGCAACAGCUGUUGGACAGCGGAUCAGACUCUCUUUCUCCACCAGCAGGGAUGCUGUGGCUGUUAAGUUUACUGCAUUGAGCAGGGGUCACUAGAUGAUCUCCAAGGACUGUUCCAGCUCUAAAAUCCAGUUCUUCGACUGACAAAGUCGCUGCUCAGGAGAGCAAGCAACUGGAUUCAGGUUUGCUUCUUUUUAGAAGCAGUUCUGCUGCAUCACAGUGGCAGAAAUCUUUAAUUCCCUUUAAUUGCACAGCUCCAUGUUUCCUGCAAUGUGCUUCCUUCCUAUCAAAUACCAUCUAUCUAGAGACACCUGUAUGCCUCGUUCCUUGAUGAAAAGAUUUUUAAAGUUUCACCUGCUCCUCCCUGUUAUCUCUAUAGGCUAUCUUGAGUUCAAUUUCUUGGUAACGCCAGAGCGUGACAUGACCUGGGGAAACUGGCUUUUGUCAAGUGGCAUAUCACAGGGUAGCGUAAGCAAGCAACAAACAAGCAAACAGGCAUAUAUCCCUUUGGAGAGGGGUAUGGAAAGACCUUCACUAAGGGGAGAACACAGGACAAGAGACCAAGGGAGGUCAUACUGUUACGUGCAGCCCAGUCUCAAAUAGGUGAGAGAGUUCACGGGUGGCAGCAGUUUUUUAUUUUCUUGGAAUAAAACUCAUUGGAGGCUGUGGUGUCUUUUGUGUAUAUAUGGCUUUAUUUAUACACAUCUAUACAGUCUGAACAGAGGGAUGCGGUAGCGCUGUGGGUUAAACCACAGAGCCUAGGACUUGCUGAUCAGAAGGUCGGCAGUUCGAAUCCCCAUGACGGGGUGAGCUCCCAUUGCUCGGUCCCUGCUCCUGCCUACCUAGCAGUUCGAAAGUACAUCAAAGUGCAAGUAGAUAAAUAGGUACCGCUCCGGUGGGAAGGUAAACGGCGUUUCUGUGCACUGCUCUGGUUCGCCAGAAGCGGCUUCGGCAUGCUGGCCACGUGACCCGGAAGCUGUGCGCCGGCUCCCUCGGCCAAUAAAGAGAGAUAAGCGCCGCAACCCCAGAGUCGGCCACGACUGGACCUAAUGGUCAGGGGUCCCUUUACCUUGAAACAGUCUGAACAUAAGAGAGAAGGACUCAUAGCAUUGGCACUCCAAUAAAUCUUGCUUUCCUGUUAAGUUUUCAGGGACAUCCUCCCCAAUCUAUACUUUUGGUUGUAGCAAAGAGAGCAAAUUAAGCCUCUCUGUCUUCCCUACUUUGGAUGUGACUAGCCUGAACUAGGCCCUGGCCUAUUGCUCUCCUUCCCCUGGAAUUACGUAUAUGGCAUACAACCGGAUGUGGAGGAGGCCUGCCUACUCCUCCAGAAGGUACUGCUAGCUGGUUGUUUCUAUGGCAACACAUCUUUACUUGUCCAACUCUUUAGACAUGUAAAAAAAGAGGGUUUGACAGGCUUAGCUGGGGCCAUUAACUUCACCAUGAGACUGGUCUCACCACUGCAGCAGCUCCUUCCACCACAGAACCCCGCCCCACAGAUACGAAGCCACAGGCUUGGAUGGGACCCACAGAUAUCAUCCCAAAUCAUCACUACCUCCCAUUCUAUAGCAAUGCAAUCAAAUGAGUGCAGCUAAUAUGUGGGGUUUGUGAAAGGAUCACAGCACCGCUUAGCAGAGCUCCUCAUUUUUAUGCAGGAAGCUCCUGGUGAUGGGAAAGACUGACUACUGCCCUGGAGGUACCACAUCAGAGUCGGCCAUCUUGGUCUGGCUCCGGUUAAGGCAGCACCACACAUUCCUAGUUUCUUGAAUCCUCGCCUUUGUUGGAACAACACAAGAGCCUUUGUUCUGGGCAGAUUUAUUUUGGUCAUUCGCAGCCUACAUGUGAAAAGAACGUGCCAGCUGAUGGGUGGAUCUUUCCUCACAUUUCUACUUCCCUUUUGGGAAAGGGCUGCAGCUCCGUCAGAAGAGCAUCUGACUUGUGUGCAGAACGUCUCAGGUUCAAUCUCCAGUUAAAGCUGGGAAAUGGCCCUGCGUGAUGGCCCUGGAGAGCCAUCAUUGUACAGCUGGACCAGUGGCCUGACAGAGUUUAAGGCAGCUGCCUAUGGACCAUUUCCCCAAAGGCCCAGAAGUCCGUAUUAACUUGCUACUCUAAUUCUCCAGGCCAGAGGUUUUCAACCUUUUGGGGUCCACAGCUCACUGCAUUCUUUCUGUGGCACCCCGUGGGGCUCAGGAGCCCAGUUGUGUCACCCUUGCCUGCAGACCUGGCAGCCUCUCACCCUUUUCCGAACACCCUCCCUUGGGGUCCUCCUCUCCUCUCCCUUCUUUCCUUGGGAGUCCUCUGGGCAGCUGCUGCUGCUGCAACAAACAGCUGUGCAAGCCUUUGGGAGGCAGAGACUUGAGAGGGCAUCAGAGGAGGGAGGGAAGGAAAGAGGGACAGAGGCCAGUGUUGCCUGCAGCACCCUUGACCAUCAGUCAAGGCACCCCAGGGUGCCACAGCACACGGGUUGAAAACCACUGCUCCAGGCUCAAGUCCCUUCCUGAAGAAGUCUCUCUCUCUCUUCUCUACACACACACACACACACACACACACACACACUCCAUGCUUGUUUCCUCAGAAGUAAGUCCUACUGUGUUCAGUAGGGCUUCCUUGUAGGCAAGUGUGCUGCCACAGCUUCUAUGCUGAGGUGGGGAACCAUUUUUCCAGCCCGAGGGCCACAUUUCCAUCUGGGAAACCUUUUGAGGGCCACACGCCAGAGAUAAACACAGACGGAGCGGCAAAUGUAAAUUUUGCCUUUAGGGGUCAUAGGGACAGAAGUCCCUUCGAAAGAUGAUUAAGUUGUUUAUAUAUGUUACAACGGCAGCUAGGAUUCUCUGUGCACAAAAAUGGAAAUGAGCAGAGAUACCCACUCAAGAAGAACGGAUAAGCGAGGCGAUGGAUUGCGCAGAAUUGGCAAAGCUAACAGCUAAAAUAAGAGAACCUAAUGACGAAGGUUUUGUGGAAGAACGGAAACCCAUUUCGGAUUAUUAAAGAAGUAUUAUUAUAUGAUGAACGUGUGAGCAGGAUUUGAACUAUGAGCAACAGACGGGAUCUAAGAUUCCAGCAGUUUUGUUAAGGUUUAGGAGAUAGUAGACAGGAUGCAGCAGAGGGAGAGGAACAGAAACACCAUGGAAAAGAGGAAGGGAAGUUGGGGCAGAGUUUUUAUUGAAAUGUAUGUGUGAAAUUCGUGGGGGGGCCCCCCCAAACUUUUACCCUCUUGCACCCCCAGUCUAUUCUUGAUCCAGGCAAGCAAGAGGCCUUAUGAGAGUUCAAAGAUACAUUCCCAGCUGGGCAAAACAACAGUCAAGGAAGGGUGCCAGGCAGGGCCAAUAAGGAUGUAGCCAGGGAGAGUUCUGAGGGCCACAUAGAGAAGGUUGGAGGGCCCCGUUUUGCCCCAAGUUUCCCACCUCUGCUCCAUGAGGAGGAGCUUUUGUUGACUUCGGCUCCUCCACAUGGAGGACUACGACUCCCAUCACCAAGGGCUAAUGGGAACUGGAGUCCAAAACAUCUGGAGGGCACCAGGUUGGCUGACGCAGAGAAGACGGCAGUCUAAUUUGAGAAAGCAGAGGAAGUCAAAGCCAGAGGGUGGGGAGAAGGGUGGUCCAUCAGGGGGAUGUUGAGGGCCCACAUCCAUGCAGCUGUGUGGAGGCGUUAGCUCUGGCAGCUAUUCCCAUCUCUCUCGGGAGUUUCAUUUCAGCUUUCCCUUUGUCUGCAGCCGGCCUGUUCCGUGCAGGGGACUUUCUGAUAAUGUGGAACCAAAAAACAACCCCUUUCCCCCCCUAAAGCAGAACACAAGAGGCAGAACAGAUUGAAGAGGACGAAGGAGAAGACGGUGGACAAACAGAAGAACUGAAGUGUCAAGUCGACUCUAGAGGAAAAGGUAAAAUUAAAACAGGCAGCAACAGAGUUAUAUUUUAUGCUUCUCAAGGGGCCUUUUUAUCGUUGGAGACAAAAGUGGAUGUUUCGUCUCUGCACACAUGGGGGAAGUGAGUGCAGGCGGGAAACGAAAAGGCUGUCAAAGGCAUUGUGUUGGGGGGGGGGCCUGAAAAUGAUGAGUGGUUGCUUAAACAGGGACUGUUAGGGGCCGUCCUCAAAGGGCAACACAGGGAAGUGAGUGUGGCCCUCCCAAAUGGCCACUGUCAGGGAGGCUCUUGCAGGACUAGUCUUGCUAACUUGCCUGCAACCCCACAGCUCCAUGGCCAAAUCCUCAGCCCUUUGCAGCCCUGCUUCCUUCUUCCUAGAGAACCCAGGAGUCCGGCUUUCUACCUUAACCCUGUCCUCAUACAGAUUUCAGGAAUCCGAAGACAGAACCCAAUUCUGAAAAGACACAGGCUUGGCUUAAUUUAAGCCUAGGCUUAGCCCCAGAAGAACACACACACACACACACACACACACACACACACACACACACUCUCUCAGUGUUCAGUGCCAGGGCUUAAGUCCUGGAACAAAAUGAAUGUUUCUGAGCAUGUGUUGAGUGCUUUUUACUCCCUGCUGAAUAAUAAUAAUAAUAAUAAUAAUAAUAAUAAUAAUAAUUUAUUAUUUAUACCCCGCCCACCUGGCUGGGUUUCCCCAGCCACUCAAGGCGGCUUCCAACUGAACAUUAAAAACAAUACAGCAUUAGACAUUAAAAACUUCCCUAAAGAGGGCUGCCUUCAGUUGUCUUUUAAAAGUAAAAUAGUUGUUUAUUGCCUUGACAUCUUCUGGGAGGGCGUUCCACAGGGCAGGCGCCACUACCAAGAAGGCCCUCUGCCUGGUUCCCUGUAACCUUACUUCUCGCAAUGAGGGAACCGCCAGAAGGCCCUCGGCGCUGGAUCUCAGUGUCCGGGCUGAACGAUGGGGGUGGAGACGCUCCUUCAGGUCUACUGGACCGAGGCCAUUUAGGGCUUUAAAGGUCAGCACCAACACUUUGAAUUGUGCUCGGAAACGUACUGGGAGCCAAUGCAGAUUUCUCAGGACCGGUGUUAUGUGGUCCCGGCAGCCACUCCCAGUCACCAGUCUAGCUGCCGCAUUCUGGAUUAAUUGCAGUUUCCGGGUCACCUUCAAAGGUAGCCCCACGUAGAGCGCAUUGCAGUAGUCCAAGCGGGAAAUAACCAGAGCAUGCACCACUGGUGAGACAGUCCGCGGGCAGGUAAGGUCUGCAGCUAGACUCCUGGCAGCCUGCAUUAGGAUGAGAAGGGAAGAACUGGAGUGUUUGUUGCAGAUGAUGAUUUUUCAUAAGACCCUGGAGUUUUCUGGGUCUUGUUUUAUAGGGUAAAACCCAAGAGAUAUUUGGAACCAGGUUUACUGGAUAAAGGUCUUUGUGUCUUAUAUAACAUAAUAGAAUUGUUAGAAGUAUGUGUCUGAACCCACAUGCGUGUACAUCACUCACAUGUAUUCAUACACACACUUUUAAAGAGGUUUGCGAUAUUUUGUUGUAAUUAUAAUGUGCAUCUGUUUUUUGAAUAUGUGCGUCACCCUUAACCGUACGCCCACAAGAAAUUCUUAUACAAAGGAAUAAAGAAAGCUUGUUUUAUUCUAUGAAAUGAAAGCAACAGAAUAACAGCAAAGUUACAAUUUAAGCAGGCAGCAAAUCCCACAACACAAACCUUGAACUAAAGAGGGGGAGAAUGCCUACAUAUUCUCAAAAGCCUACAGAAGUGAGCAUGAAAAAAUUGUCCCAGAACUCACACUUCUUAAUAAAAGUUAAGAAAUGCCACUGACUACAAAUCUUAGGGUUCCUUACAGCCUUUUCUUCAUUUUGAAAGGAAAGGGCCCUUCGGAUGAGCAAUUCUAUCGCCUUUUCCUUGCAAUUCCUGCUCAGCUUCAUCUCUCCCAUCUUGCAAAUUAAUUGUGUUAAAGAAAACCACCUGGUGGGUGUUGGCUAAACCAACCGGGCAUCCUUUGUUUGCUUGCUGCCUUCAAACCAUCUCACCUUUAUCUUGAUGGCCCCAUUCAGGUGGUGAAUAGACUACACUGGCAACUAAAUUUACACAUGCUCACCUUUAUGCAAGGUGUGAGGAACACAAUAUGUUUCCUGAAUGCCUUCAGGACAUGGUUUGAGACCAGGCUGGUACCAGGGUCGCAAAAGUUCAUGAUGGAGGGUCUCCUGUCAUUUUAGAGUUAUGUCAGUUUUCUUGCCUGUGCUAUGAUCUAAACCACAGAAUAAGUUCAGAUUGACACACGAUCCUAUUCACAGUUUGAAGUGCUUUAAAUAAUAUUUGGAGGAUAUCUGGCUGGUGUAGAUACCGGCAGGAGAAACGGGGCAGAGUCCAAAGAAAGGUAAAACAGAGAUUUAACACAUAGAUUAUGAUUAAUAACAGUAAGAUAAUAAUAGCCCAACCUACAGGUGAGAUGCAGGGUCAAUCUUGUUGGAAAUCCUUCAUUUUAAAGUGACGCCUUGAUAAUAAUUUACCAUCUAAAAGCCCUAGAGCAGGUGUGGGAAACGUUUGGCCUUCCAGAUGUUGCUGAACUACAACUCCCAUCACCCCUUCCCAUUGGCCAGGCUUGCUGAGGUUGCGGGAGCUGUAGUUCACCAAUAUGUGGCGGACCAAUGGCUCCACACACCUGUCACAGAACAGUAGUACAGGUACUUAAAAGGACCGGGGCACUAAAUAGUCUAAAGAAAUUUCAGUAGUUAAGGGUGGGAGUGGAUGAUCCUGGAAAGAAGCUGGACCAAAUUCUGUAGACUCACCACCCCAAUGUGCCUGGAAAAAUACUUGCCACCUCCCCCCCCCCCCCGUGCCUCUCAUAGGUGUGGUACAGGUGCAAACCCAACAGGUUAGGCCUUUCCUAGCAUAAAGAUGCUGUAAUGGGGAAAACGUCAUUUGAUGAAUUUCUGUACAGUGGUACCUCAGGUUACAUAUGCUUCAGGUUACAUACGCUUCAGGUUCCAGACUCCACUAACCCAGAAAUAGUGCUUCAGGUUAAGAACUUUGCUUCAGGAUGAGAGCAGAAAUCGUGUGGCGGCAGCGGGAGGCCCCAUUAGCUAAAGUGGUGCUUCAGGUUAAGAACAGUUUCAGGUUAACAACAGACCUCUGGAACGAAUUAAGUACUUAACCCGAGGUACCACUGUAUUAUGUAUUUGUUAAAUGCACAAAGGCCCUAAAAACCAGUUUUUAAAAAUGUACAUGUAAAAAAAGGUAAAAAAAGAAGAAGCAGUGCCCUCCAUUCAAAACAAAACAAAAAGCCUAUUUGCCAUUCUGAACUCUCUCAGGCCUCUGAAGACCACAGAGCAACCAACUUUUGCGCAAUAAUGUUUAGAAAGGAAACUCAUCUUCCUCUCAUCUCAUCUCUUCCCUUCUCUCAGCAGAUGGCUGCUGUGGUCGCUGGUCUGGCUCGGCUCCUACAGCCAGCCAUGAUGUUCCCUGGAGGUGAGCCUGGCUGUCGAGGCCUGGCCCCCUGGUAUCUCCUUCUGGGGCUACGGCUGGUGGCCCUUUUCAUCGCCGACGGGCCCUGGUCCUCUCCCAGCCCCGACCUGGUCUGCAACUGGACCUCGGUGGAGGCGGACAGUCGGCCUUUCUGCAGCGCACUGUGCUUCAACCACCACUUUCCUGCUCCCGUCUCCUCUGCGUGGGGUUUUGCCUUUUUGGCUGCCCUGCUCCCAGUGGGGCUAAUGGGGCUCGUAAGGACUGGAUCCAAGCACCGGAGAAAGGCGGCAAAGGAAGGAGACGAGGAGCUCACCGACAUCACUAGUGUGAGCCACGACAUGGCCGCCGGAUCCAGCAUGGCUCCCAGAACGAUUCCUUUGCCCAACAUGGUUCCAUCGGAACCCAAGAUGUCCCCUCGUUGCACCUGGCCCUCGGCGGCCUUCGCUUUGUGCGUGUUUCUCCUCCUGGCCACGGAGCUGGGCUUCUUCUGGGUUGUGAUAUUUCUGCAGAUCCCAUCAGUGCUUCGCACAACCUUCUUAUGCCUUCCAGGAGCACACUCCUGCCCCGAGGCACUCGAAUGUGCCCUGGCAGGCCAAGCCGACAAGCACAUGGCACUGUGGACGUUGGCUUUCACAGCUAUUGUCAACAUGGCGGCUUGCCUGGCCUACCUUCUCCUGACUCUAGGGAGGGCUUUCCGGUGCCACAGAGGAAAAUAA